AGCGACGAUAUGAAGUUGAGUUCCUCUGUCGAAAGUGUUCCGCAGUCAGCUAGAUUUGUUGCUACGUCGUGUGGAUGAAACUUUUACCUCAUCCAUGAGACGACAAACACCGAUAGAUACAGACUCUCGAAACACAUGUGAAAUAGGCAAAAGCCACAACCAUGAUAGACUUCUACCAGACGAGUUUUUUCCAGACGUUGCGGCAGUUGCCUCUGUACGCCGCGCUUCCGGAGGGCACCGUGGUGUUGGUACCUACGACACCAAGAGAACUACAGGAGGGAGACGGCGUAAACACCAAGGAACAAGAUCGGGACGCAGAGGCGGGCAAAGAAAUUGACGCGAUACGGGUAGAGGCUCACAUUCUGCAGCCCUUGAAAGUUCUUUCCGACAUAAACGGGACGAAUGGAGACACGCAGGACCAGAGGACAUCGGCGCUGCAGGGGAAAGCCUACCUGAACCUGCUGGGUGAGCGGGUCUUGGUGGCUUCGAACGCGAUUACAGUGUUGCCAAAAGAGGCAGAAGGAGAUGAAACUUGCAAUGGUGCUGGAAGCUUCAAAAUUCUCGCCGAGGAGAGCAUGUUUGACCACGAUCGCACGCUGCAGAUUCUCGUAAUCAAGGGCAGUUUGGUACCAGUUACCACAUCAACUAGCAAAGCAGAAGGGAAAAGAACAGACUCGCGGUUGCAUUCGCCACCCCCGCUUGACCGUGACGGCAAUGACCUAGUUCUGACAUCAAAGGAAACUACACAUAGGCCAGACAGCUCAUUGGAGGCACGACUCCGCCAGUCGGCGAAAAACAUGGACUUUCUGUGUCUCUACCCGGACGUCGAGGAAAGUUUGAUGCAGGAGAUGCACGCGGUCGUGCGCGAAGUGGUACAUGUUCCCGAUCAGAUACGCGACGUCGUGACCGAUCGCGUGGAGGCCCUGAUUGCACAGGCCGCAACAAAAAUCUACAAAUGCCUGGACCAGAAAAACCAGCAGUCGAGUCUUUCGGCAAGAGGAGGCAACGGCAGCGGUCAUAAAACUGGGCAUGACGUCGGCUCCCGCCGCAAUCGGGUGGAACGGUUUGUGUACGAUUCUUCGCUCCGUAAAAAGAACAAGGGAGGUCUGCAGGAGAAAAGCCAUGAUCAGGCAAGAAUGUCCUCUCGUGUUGCGAAUCGGGUGCUAAUUUUGAAUCCCGAGAAGCUCUCUAGUCUGGAGACUGCAGUGAGCUUUGACCAAGUUUACGAGUCCAUCAGCCGGAGCGUGUACACGGUGCUCGCUCCUUUUCUUUUCCAGGGCUUCAUUCUGAGUUCUGAGCAAAUGCAAACAAAAGUGGACUCGAGCGCAGAAAUGUUGUUGCAAUCUCCUGCUGCAAGAAAUCGAGAUCUAGCUGGCUCUCUGUCUCCCUCGUCUACUCGUGCUCCGUCCUCGCAAUCCGCACUGCAGAACCUAGUAGAGUCGCAAUUCGCCCAACUAGUGCCAAAACUUCAGGGUCGCGACAGGAUUAUAGCUUUUUCUCUUGUGGAGGAGAGACUUUUCGAUGUUGGUCGCGCGUUGGCAAACUUGCUGGAAGGUCAGGGGCAGCGGAAAAAGGAACUACAGCAAGUGCCCCCGCAGGCCCGACGUUCACCUUCGCGGCUCGCUAUCCACCCCGCAGACAAGCUCCAGACCUUCUACCUGCUGGUGAGUAAGUGGAUUCCUGAGAUGGUCUCAGAACUGCAGAGGGUAAGCGCUGUCGAAUAUGAGGCGCGAUUUUCUGAUAGUGGAAAGUCAAAACCAAAACCGCUCGAAGCUGAUGAUUUGAUCUCCCUGACGGUUUUGGUUCUGCUGUGCGCGCGACUGCGUUAUCUCGCGGCCCACAUACUGCAGUGUGAAAUACAUUUGGAGAACGCAAGGACGCUGCCACGUGAAGUGGAGUACAGCUUUUCCGUGGUCCACAGCGCCGCAAUGUUUUUUCAGCAGAGUCAAACAAAGAACGCGACUGCAGUUGCAGCGACAGAGGCCAGGCGAAGAAGUGAAAGCAGUGUGGGUGAGUUCCUGCAGCUGGACGAUGAAGGCCUAGAAUGAAAAGCUGAAAGCGUCGCACCGUUUCAAUCAGAAACACUUACUUGAUCAUCGUGUCUACGGAACAUCAGAAGUGUUCGCUUUCC